AUGGGCCACGAAGAUGCCGUUUACCUGGCCAAGCUCGCCGAGCAGGCUGAGCGUUAUGAGGAAAUGGUCGAGAACAUGAAGACCGUCGCUUCUGCAGAUGUUGAGCUCACCGUCGAAGAGCGGAAUCUCCUUUCCGUUGCCUACAAGAACGUCAUUGGUGCCAGACGUGCGUCAUGGAGAAUCGUCACCUCGAUCGAGCAAAAAGAGGAGUCUAAGGGCAAUGAGUCCCAGGUUACUCUCAUCAAGGAGUACCGCCAGAAGAUCGAGGCCGAGCUUGCUAAGAUCUGUGACGACAUCCUGGAGGUUCUCGACAAGCACCUGAUCCCCUCUGCCCAGAGCGGCGAGUCUAAGGUCUUCUACCACAAGAUGAAGGGUGACUACCACCGCUACCUCGCUGAGUUUGCUAUCGGGGAUCGCCGCAAGGGCGCCGCCGACGCUUCCCUCGAGGCCUACAAGGCUGCUACUGAAGUUGCCCAAACGGACCUCGCCCCUACCCACCCCAUCCGCCUUGGACUGGCCCUCAACUUCUCUGUCUUCUACUACGAGAUCCUCAACUCUCCUGAUCAGGCUUGCCAUCUCGCCAAGCUCGCUUUCGACGACGCUAUUGCCGAGCUUGAUACCUUGAGCGAGGAGAGCUACAAGGACUCUACCCUGAUCAUGCAGCUCCUCCGGGACAACCUGACGCUUUGGACCUCGUCCGAGGCCGAGCCAUCCCAGGAAUCGGCCGCUCCUACCUCCGAAAAGAAGGACGAGGCCCCGGCCGCGGAGGGUGAGAAGCCUGCUGAGUAA